AUACAACCCUGUACCAAGCAUUCACCACGAAGAUGUCAAUUUGACAGCUGCUGUUUUCUGUUCUUUUCCGGUAACAACGUUCGCAAUGGGUCGCGUCAGAACCAAGACAGUGAAGAAGGCCGCUAAGGUCAUCAUUGAGAAGUACUACACGCGCCUGACGUUGGACUUCCACACCAACAAGCGUAUCUGCGAGGAGGUUGCUAUCAUUCCCACCAAGCCCCUCCGCAACAAGAUUGCCGGUUAUGUUACCCAUCUGAUGGGCCGUCUGCGUCACUCCCAGGUGCGUGGUAUCUCCAUCAAGCUGCAGGAGGAGGAGCGCGAGCGUCGUGAUAAUUACGUGCCCGCCGUCUCUGCCCUGGAGCAGGACAUCAUCGAGGUCGAUGCCGAUACCAAGGAGAUGUUGAAACUGUUGGACUUCCACAAUAUUCGUGGCCUGCAGCUCACCCAGCCCAAUACCAACAAUUUUGGACGUCGCAAUUAGGUUUUAAUCGGAAGCUCUGUUUUUUUGAUACAAAUGAAAAACAAAGAAACAAAAUGAAAAAAUGAUUGCAUGGAUAACACAACAAUAAAAUCCUGUGUGUGAAAUGUACAAUUUGUAA